AUGAGGGUGUUCUGUUACGCGGACGAUACCCUCAUUACCGCGUCGGGGCGGGACUUUGGGGAGGCGGCCCGCCUGGCCGAACAAGUAUCCAAUAUACCUCAGAGUCUGCGUGAUAAAGUGGAGAAGUUCUACAAGAUGUACUGGCACAAGCAGCGAGCGGUGUCGGUUACUAAACUACUACCGUUAUUCCCACCUUCAUUCACAGCCACUAUCUAUACUGAUAUAUAUUUUAAGGCUACGCAGAAGAUGCUAACAGCGGAAGAUGACAUUACAGCCAUGUUACGGAUGAUCCGUGGUACCAUUCUAUCUCCCUGUGCGGGCAGUCCCGUGACAGCCUGCAGUCGAGCCCACGUGGAGAUCAGAGCAGCUACAUUCUGUACCGCGCAUGUCCUAAAUACUACGGACCUGUGGAGGAUCGAACAUUUCGAAAAAGUCAAGAAACAUUACGAUUCACGAAUACCUGAUGAAGCUAAAUAUAAAAGUAGUAUUCUACAUUUCAAGCGAAAUUUAAUGGAUUUAAAAGAAUCAAAGGAUGCCUUCGGAAAUCGCCAACUUUCUCAAACUGAUAUCAUGAUAGAGAUUGCUGGGUGCUACAUUAUGCGAAACAGAGCAGACGCGUCGCUAACAGACGAAGCGGACGCGAUCUGUCUCCGACCGACUUUCCCGUGUAUCCUACAACCUAAGUCCUCGUUACAAGUUGCCUGGAAUUCGUUCGUCACAUGCCUCAUUAUCAUUGUUUGUAUUACACACCCUUAUUACUUGGUGUACAAGAAACAAGUGCCGCUGGAGUUUAGGUUUUAUGACGAUGUCGUAACAGUUAUUUACACCUUGGAUCUGAUUGUGUAUCUGUCGACAGGUGCCAAUGUGGAAGACGGAGUACCAAUAACACUCGCUCAGACAUCAUCUCAACAAGCCCGCAACAAGUGGUUUGUGCUCGAUAUUAUCGGCACAUUGCCCAUCUUUGAGUUCAUUGGUGACGGUCACUUUGCUGGACUCAAUAAACUGUUAAGGUUGUCGAAGGUCUUCCGGAUGCUUAAGACACUAGAGGACGAGUGUGUGUAUUACAGUAAUGCCCUAAGAUUCAUGUCAUAUUCACUCUUACUACUUCUUGCUUGCUACUUUUUGGCGGCACUGCAACAGGGAUUUAUGUGUUUUCAAUUUGGUUAUUGUCUGGUUUCAAAUUUUACCCAUGCACCGUAUUGGGAGGAACAACCGCUGGACGAAGAUACAGUUGAAAAUAGAAUUACUUUUGGGCUGUACUGGGCGAUCUCUAUGAUUACUUUUACAACUCACAUAGAAACUUGGGGCAUAGAAAACUUAAACAACGUCCUCUACACGAUGUUCGUUUUAGAAAUAUGCAUUGUCCUGUAUAUAUCAAUCGAAGCUAUAUAUUCCGCUACUAUUAUGGUCACGACAGCUCUGAGGGAAGAUUACGAGUCACGCAUAGAAAACGUAUCAAGCUUUUUGGUAAGGAACGAAGUGGAUCCGAUUAUCAGACAACGGUUUAUCGAAUAUUUACAGCUCCGUUGGUAUACGGAUAAGGCUUACUCGAUAACAAAUCGACAAAACUCGAUAUUUUACGAUUUACCGGCGCACGUGUAUCAAGACAUAGUUGCGAGGCAGAGAAGCAAGUACAUCCUCUGCAUACCAUUUAUAAAGUUACUUAAUAAAGAAGAUUUGAAGAAUAUAUCAUCGAAGGCAAAGUUUUUCUGCACGUCUCCAAACGAGAUUCUAUUGAACACUGGCGAUAUGGUCAACGAGAUGUACGUCGUUAAGCGAGGAAUAUGCGAGGUCAUUAGUCCUGAUACGAAGGAGGUCGUUGGCGAACUGAAUGGAAGGAGUCAUUUCGGAGUAUUCGUAUGUCUCUUAAGGCUACCAGCAUUUUAUACAAUACGAGCGGUGACAUACGUCGAAGUGUUUUCAAUAUCAAGAAAACAUUUAUUAAAUGUAAUUAAUAUACCACAAAUAAAAGAUACUAUACAGUUCAUCAAGGAACAGCCUCUAUAUCCGCGUGUACAAAUACGCCGAGAAUCAUUCAUGAGCUACAAGUCACCAGACCCGGCACCUAGUGUUGAAAAAUUUCGUGAGCCGAGAAAAUUUGAACAGGACAAUGCGUUUCUUCAGCCGUUUUAUAGAUUGGGUCUACUUUCAUUCUUAAGGUACAUUUUUCCUCGCUUCACUAUCCGGCCAGAUAGUCGCUACGUGGUCCAUCACGAAUGGUUUCGCGGAUGCUGCGCGAUCCUCUCCGCAAUGGUGUAUCCUGGCUACACGUACUUGGUUAUACAAUGGCCCUGGCUUUACUUUAUUGCUACGAUGCUUGACUGUUCUGCGUAUUUUGAUAUAUUACAACGACUGUUGAUCGGUUACUACAACGAGAGAGGAAUUCUAGUAUAUCACCCCGCGAGUACAGCAGCCCAUUACCUGAAAGGCGCCUUUCUGACGGACCUAUUUGGAUGCUUACCUUUAGAACGACUAGAAACGUCUUGGAAGGAAUCGUUUCAGGAUAAAUAUAGAGAAGCGCCAGCGAAACAGUUUCUGAUGUUAAAUCGAGUUCUGCAGCUGUACAGAAUGCCGAGUGCUCUGCUUGGUCUGGACGGACUCAUACGCCGAGAUCUCUUACUUGUUAUAAAAGCCAUCCCGUUAUUCUUAGCUUUACUGAAUGUACUGACUUGCUUUGUGGUGUACUGUUCAGCCAAUAUAUUUUACACUAUUGGAAGUAGUUCUUGGUUUAUCGUACCUCACGAUGAUAAAGGCGGUUCUUGGAUACAACUUUUUAAUACCGCAUUUCGUUUCAAUCUGACCGAAUCACCUUGGAAUCUCCACCUGGGUUCAUAUUUUUGGGUCGUCUAUGAAACCACAACGACAGGAUACAGUAGCUUCAAGCCGUCCAACUUCAAUAUAAUGCAAGUGCUUAUCGCUGGUAUGACUGUAGGAGCACUUAUAACUACGUAUUUCUCUGUAAGAAUAAUUAGUAUUCGAGCAAACGUAAAUAAAGCGUUAGCUUCGUUCCAAGAGCACAUUAAGGACAUAACGGUAUUUAUGAACAGGGAGAACCUCGACCCUCAACUGCAAAAACAAGUACUCGAUUACUACGAAUAUAAUUGGGAUAAAAUGGGAGGCUUGGAUUACAGGAAUGUGUUAAAGUUAUGUGAACAAAUCACCUUACGAACUGAUGCAAUUUUACAUAUAUACGGAACAACAUUUAGCCAAUGCCCUAUACUUAAUCAGAGCGAUGUAUCGCUUCUCCGUACAGUAGGUCGAGCAGUUCGCAGCCUCUAUUUCACGAGAGACACAACUAUCAUAGACGUGGAUGAUGUUAUUUCUGACAUUUAUAUAGUUGAUAAAGGAAGUGUUGAAUUGAAGGAUACUAGGGAUAAUGAUGCUUGGAUCACACUCGCGAAGGGCAGUAUGUUUGGAAAUUUGCAUGGAGAUACGAUACGGUGUCCAGUGUCUAUAACUACGAACAAUCAAGUACACUUGUUGCAAAUAAAUUCCCAAGGAUUCUUUAAUAUCAUCAAAGAUUAUCCAGCUGUCUUUGAACUUUUGAAAUAUUAUCGACCGACGAACGAGAAUUAUAUAGCCGGUAUUGGAACCAAUACGCCAUUUAUUAUAAAAGAACACAGUACAACUAUAUCGACCAUUAUACGCGAGCAGAGAUUUUUCAGAUACUUCAACAUCAGACAGUACAUCAUGAGGAUCUACGUGAUAACUGUGUCGUUGUUUUGCAUCUAUGCUGACGUUUAUAACGCAGGCUUCCAAGAUAACAGACCCUUGUUGAUUUUAGCGCUUUAUUUAUUUGAUUUUUGCUUCUUAUGGAAGUUUUUUAUUCAAUAUUAUCUGCCGAAAAUCGUUGCAAUCGAUGACGAUGACUUUUAUAAAUUUAAGGUGUCCGUGUAUAAAUGUCUGAGUCAUCAUCAUCGGCGAAUAUCCAUUAACUUAACGAUUUCGACCGCUAUUACGGUUUUGAUUUGGUUCACCAUAUUCGUCCAUAUCUCCGCCUGCUUCUGGUACUUCAUCGGAGUGCUGGAAGAGAAGACAGAUCCGAAGUCCUCGUGGAUUUAUAAUGACAACGGUAAGCCGUGGUGCCACAGUUACUACAUCUGUUCACUGUACUUUGUCCUGACCACCUUCACCCAAAAUGGAGUUGGUGAUAUAUUGCCAAAGAAGCAAUCAGAGGUGGUGUUCGUAUCAAUACUACAGCUGAUAUCGACAAUGAUGUUCAUGGUGUACGUCGGCGAACUGUCUAACAUAAUACAGUAUCAGUCAUUCCGUUCGUUUAAUUUCUAUUCAAGCUAUUUGGAAUUGCAGGAGUUUCUUAAGAAUAACCGUGUGUCCAAAAACUUGGUGUCUUUGGUGAACAAAUACUCACUCCAUCUGUGGCGAGAAUCUCGCGGCUUGCAAGUUCCGCAUUUCUUGAAGACUGCUCCGGAUUGUUUCAAGCUUAAAGUUAUGUCAGCCGCCUACUUGUACCAUCUCAACGAUCAUCAACUAUUCAAUGGCUGCGAGCCCGCAUUUCUCCGGCACCUAGUAGGCUUGCUUCAAUUAUACACAUAUAAUGAAGAUAUGUAUGUUGUUAAAGACUGCGAGAUUACCGAUUCGAUGUAUUUUAUACACACAGGACGUGUGACAGAAAUAUGGAGUGGCUUAAACAAAACUAAAUCGUUUCACUCUGGAGAAUGUUUUGGAGAGUUACAAGGUCUUAUCUACAACACGCCAUAUUUGCGAUCGUAUAAAACGGCUAUAAAGUCACAAAUUCUAACGCUAUGUCUUAGAGACUGGGAAGGUCUUUUAAAACAUUUUCCUAAAAGUAAAGAACACAUAUGCAAGUUUUUGCAAACUGACGAAUCUCAUGGGCUUAAUGGUGACGAUGGAUCGGAUGGAGGCAAGGGUGCCGUUGGCUUAAAGAAAAAAGAUGAUGAUCCGCCUUCAAAUCCUCCUGUACCUUUAGUUUCUUUACAACAUACUCCAUUUCAACCAACAUCAACCCUUCAAGAUAAAUCUAUAAGAAAUGAAAUUGCUGACAAUUUCGAAACUUCUCCAGGUCCUAGUACAGUUCACAAAGAAAAACCAUAUGCUGACGAAAUAUCUCCAGAAAGUUUCUUCAGCGAAGUGUCUAAACCAGUAACAAGUGUAAAAGAGGAAUUAUUGCCUAAAACAAUAGACGACAGAUUGAGUAACUUAUCCAGAACAGUUUUGAAAAUUGAAGACAGCGAUCAAUUAAUAGAUUAUGAGAAUAUGGACAAGAUAACAGAACCGCCCCCUCAAGAUAACGAAAAAAAAAUUAAACACAAACAAGAUAUCGGCCAAUAUAAAAGUAGACGAGUGAUGCAGAGUGUAGAAGAUUAUAUUAUUGAAAAACAUGGUUACAGUGAAACAACUAGUUCGCGAGACAUACAAUCGAAGAAACGUAAAAUUCACGUUAGGUAUAGAGAAACUGAUUCAUCGCCUCUCCACCAAGAGAGCCAUGAACUCAAACCAAUAAUAAAUAUGACCGCGGAUGAACGUAACCUUAAAUCCCUGGAUAGCGACAUGCAACCGAUACAAAAAGUCGAAGAAACUGACUCGGUCAAAGAUUCAUUAUCCACUGAUAGUGUUGAAUAAAUUAAACCAAGAACUCGCAGUCCUAAAUAAUAAGAUCACAAUCAACAUGAUUGUAAACAAUAAAACAUGAUUAAUAUUUUUUCUAUCUCCUAACGAAUUCAUGUGUCAUCGCUGCGUUACAGGAUGCUCAUUCACAGUAGCUGUUGUACUGUAUUUUAUGAAUUACUGAUCGUUUAGUUGGAUGAGCGCCAACCUACAACUCUAUUUCGGCAUACCGUUAACAGUCGUUUGCCAUCUGACCGUAGUCCAGCUUUA